AUGCCCGAUUCGCCCGACUCCGAGCGAUCCUCCCAGGGCGAUAAGCUUCAGAUUCGACUUGUGCCCUACACGCCGACUCGACUCAGCGGCGGAUCCAGCCUGAAUCUUGCAGCCAUCGCCGGGUCGUCUCUUGACAAUGUUGAAAUCCAUUCCGCAGACGAAUCGCCGAUAGCGACAAGCCCUCCCUCCUCAGGCUCGACCAUUGCCGGCCCGUCUCGUCCCUCGGUCAUCAGGCGCCGGAAUACAAGCGUCGAGCUAGGCGAUGUCCCUGAUCUCGCUCCCAGUGAAAAAUCCGAUUCGUCUCCUGCCGAGCCCCAGCGUGGUAGAUUUCGAUCUCAGUCUGUGGUGUCGCAGUCAUUGAGGACCUUGACAUCUCCGCCGUCCCCUGAAAUCCAGCCUACAGCCCCUGCCCAGCGUCGCACCAAGCGAUUCGUCGACAUCAAUUUGAAUUCUGACAACAAGACCUUCUCCCUCGUUCCCUUGAAACCCACCAGGCCUCGCACCGACUCUGUUGUUUCUGCUCGCACCGACACAACAACGCAUCACUCUGUUACGUCUACUCACACCGAUGCUACAACGCAGCACUCUGUUGUAUCCACUCAGACUGACGCAACGCCGCAUUACUCUGUCGCUUCCAGCGGCUCUUAUGCGCAGCAAACUUCGAGCAUCUUUAGUGAGGACCGUCCUAGCUCGCCCUUGACGACCCUAGCCGAGGAUGAUAGUACAUCCGCAACCGCCUCAUUCACUCCAUCCAUCCCCGAAGAAGACUUUACUGCCGCCUCGCCUUGGAACUAUCGGUUGGUGGGUGGGCUGCGCAAGGUCCAGAGAGAUGUGAGCGAAACCAGUGAUGCCACGCCAACCCGGCUACCCUCAUUUCUUGAAGAAGAGCCCUCUUCGCCAAAAGCUGUGGCGCCACAGGAGCCCAUUUCUGCCUUCACUCUCACGACCAAGGCAUCCUUCCAGUCCAACAAGACCGGCAAUACCGUGUCAGACCGCACAAACUACAAGACCUAUGCACAAAGUUCUUCUGGCCCGGACACUGUUCGUAAUUCCGUUACAUCGGAUUUUGACAAUGCUUCGCUCUUCCCUGGUGGCCCCAAUUACGUCGUUUAUGAUGGCGCUUCAAUGUCUGGUCAAUCUCGGGGUCACUCUCACUCUCACUCCAACUCCAACUCCAACUCUCACUCGGAUUCGGAGCAGCAGCGAAACCCCAACUAUGUAGUCCACGGACAUCGACGCACCAUGUCUGACGGGACAGACAUCUCCCAGGUACAGUCCGAAUACUCGAGAGAUAGCAUGGUGGUAGCCCCUCUGCGACCCGUGAGAUCGGGCCGCCUCCACUCUAGCUCGACUGUUAUGAGCUCUAGAUCGCUUGAGCACUUGAGGACCGGAUCUCUGAACUCUAUAUCCAGCUCCGCUCGAGCCAACCAAGAUGCUGAGCGCAACGCAUCAGUGGGAGUGUCUACACAGAUUGACCUCGACGGACGGCACGCAGCGACUCCUUCGAGCUCUGGCCAAGCCGUUCAUCGCCGAGCUGGUUCGAGAACACAGCCGUGGGGCACUGCCCUGUCCACGGUUCUCUCAGAGAGCGAGAGGACUGACCCAUCAAGUCGCUCCCACUCUCGAAUGUCUGGCAAUGCUCGCAGCAGCGUCUUCACGCUCAACCAGCUGAGACAAACAGGGAGCUUCUCCACCUUUGGUGUUGAGGAGGCGCUGGCCAUGGCUUCUCACUCUCGGAGCGGAUCCGUAGACCGCCCUCAGCCGGUCUAUGGCAGAGAUGCGCAAUUUCCCAAUGCCCGCUUGGUCCGCGACCAUGAUGAAGAUGGCGAUGGCCUUGCAGACCUGGAGAGCAUGAACCGUCUUCCUUCCCGCGCCCGCGGCCUCAGCUUUGUCUCCAACAAUUCCGGAGAAAAGGGCCACCGCUCAAGCCGUUCAACGAGCAGCUCUGGCAAUAACAGCAUAAGCUACACGGCUUCCAUUCCGGCAUGGGCAAGGGUCUACUACGGCAGUGGAGAACGACGCUGGUUGGCGCCAAAGCCAUCCAACGAGUCAAUGUUCUCGCAAUUCACCAGCAGCCUGCACCGCGACACAUCUCAUAGCCGCUCCCCAAGCUAUGAGCAGUACACGACUGACAUCAACAACCCCCGUCGCCGCCCCCACGAACCCCAACGACGAAGGAGCGAAUCCGACUCGAUGGAAAUCCGGCCUCAUCCUUUUGCGGCUGUCGCUCGCAGCAUCAAGAAACAGACAUCCAGCAUCUGGUCGCCGCAUUUGCGACAGGACAGACGGGCUAGCCGAUACAGCCUUUGGUCACCGCCAUCCCUGGCUGACUCUGCCGAGUUUGGAACCUGGCAACGAAACCUCCAGCUAGUGCUGUUUGUCUUUGGGUUUCUUUGUCCAUUUGUGUGGAUGGUUGGUGCCGUCUUGCCAGUCCCUCCAAGGCCCGAGCGAGACAUGACGGAGCGACGAUUCAGCGACGGCAACAUAGAUCUCCGGACAGAGGCGCGCACCCAGAUGCAAUACAUCAAUGCGGAACGCCUUCACGACAGGGUCAAGUGGUGGAGAAGCGUCAACCGGCGCAUGUCCAUUAUUGGUGCUCUCAUUCUCUGCCUGUGCAUUGUCCUCAUUGUCGUCGGCGUCAAGCAGCAGUGGCAUUCAUAA